AUGCUUCAAAUCGCCGUUCUACUUUUGGCUACGGCCUGCGCAAACGCGGGAUACUCCGACCCGAACUUUGUUGGCGAUCGACAGGUCAUAGUUCAUCUAUUUGAAUGGAAAUGGACCGACAUCGCUAGAGAAUGCGAAAAAUAUCUUGGACCGUAUGGCUUUGCCGGUGUACAGGUUUCCCCUCCGAUGGGACAUCGGGAGUUUGGAGACGUACCAACUCCCUAUCCGUGGUGGCAACGCUACCAGCCCGUAAACUACACGCUCGAGAGUCGUAGCGGCACAGAAGCGGAGUUUAAGGACAUGGUGGCUACAUGUAACGAGAAUGGGGUUCGAAUCUACGUUGAUGCUGUCAUUAACCACAUGGCAGUAGAUGAUAGUUACACGUUUGAAGCCGUACCGUACUACCCUCCAAACUUCAACGUACCGAACGGAAAGUGCAACACCACGAGCGGAAACAUCGAAAGUUACCAAGACGCUCAUCAAGUCCGGAAAUGCAACUUGGUAGGUCUUUGUGAUCUGGACCACUGCAAUUUGGACACCAGGACGAAGGUCCAGGAGUACCUCAACAGAGCCCUGAGCUACGGCGUGACCGGGUUCCGAUUCGACGCAGCUAAGCACAUGUGCCCUGGGCAAAUCAGCAAGAUCCUCAGUGGUUUGCAGGAUUGCUCGUUUGGAGGUUCCCCCUACCUGUAUCAAGAGGUAAUUGACCGGGGCGGUGAGCCGAUAAAAUCAUCCGACUACACUCAUCUCGGAGAUGUCACCGAAUUCAAAUAUUGCGGCUACAUUGCGGGAAUCGCUGACGAAUCCUUCGACCUCAGAUCUUUGAAGGAUUACGCGACAGAGAGCGGAAUGCUUGAAUCGUCGUCAGCCUUCGUCUUCGUGGAUAACCACGACAACCAGCGGGGCCAUGGUGGCGCAGGAAACGAGAUCCUGUCAUUCCAAAAGCCAAAGUUUUACAAAAUGGCCGUUGCAUUUACUCUCGCAAAUAACUACGGUACAGUUAGGAUCAUGAGCUCGUACAAGUUCAAUAACACUGAUCAAGGACCUCCAAGCAACAGCGGCAAGGACACCCAGUCUCCAGAGUUUAACUCGGAUUUAACCUGCAAAGGCAACUGGGUCUGCGAACAUCGAUGGCCAGAGUUCCGCAACAUGGUUCACUUCCGCAACUUCGCCGGCACUGCACCCGUAACCUGGACGUACGAGUCAAGUACGUUCAUCGCUUUCUCCCGUGGAAACACGGCCUUCUUUGCUCUGAGCACCGGGGAAAGUCAAGAAUGCCGGCAGAUUCUGACAAAUCUCGAUCCGGGCACCUAUUGUGAUCUGAUCAGCGGUGAAACCUCUGGACAAGUUUGCACGGGGAAGGUUAUCACGGUCGAUGGUAGUCGCUUUGCCAACAUCUGCCUGGGUGGGGAGGAUUCCAUGGUGGCUAUAGCUGUCUAA